GAGUGAGGAAGGUAGAGGAGUGUUCCUCGGCGAAGAGUGGUGAGUGAUGAGAUGGGGGCGGAUGUACCUUUGUGCUGAGGAGGUGGGACUGCUCUGUGACUGGGCCGGGCUGGUCUUUGUGUGGUGCUGACCUCUCUCCGUAUCAUCAGGUCUUGAGUCUUCAGAGAAUGGAAGAGGUGAGGAGCUGUGGAGGAGAUAACGAGAUCACAGAGGGAGCUGUGCCUGCAGAAAGUGAGGGGAGGGGAAGCUGCAGUGAGCAUGGAGUCCCCCAUUCUCCACAUCCUCGCUCCGGCAGGCUCCAGAGGCAAGGGGGCAGGCUGCUUUCUGGACUGUUGGCUGCCAACAUCCUCUUCCUCGGUGGUGCACUGAUCUGCGGAGGAGUUUUGAGUGAGGUGCCAGUGCAUGAGGACGAGGUGAUGGUGAUGCUCACUGCAAUGAUGGUCUUAACCGUAGUCUGGAUGGUGGUCUACAUAUCGUGCACAGCCCGUCACUGUACAGCUCCUCUCUACAAGGAUCCCCAUGCAGCGCCGGUGUGGCUGAGAGGGGGGCUACUGGUGCUUGGAGCAUGCAGCGUUCUACUUGACAUCUUCAAGCUUGUCCGUGCUGCCGGAUUUCCUGGCUGUGAGCAUCCGAUUCAAUUCCUCUUCCCCAGUGCUGAGAUCCUGUUUCUGUUCACACAGUCCUACUUUCUCUGGGUCCAUUCCAAAGACUGUGCUCAGGUACAUCAGCAUUUCACCAGGUGUGGGCUGGCCAUUUCCUUGGUCACUAACCUAAUGCUGUGGAUGUCAGCUGCAGCAGAAGAGUCACUCCAUCAUACAGGGGUACCAGGUGAAGUCCCUGAAGACCAAAGUCGAGCCCUCACAGAGCUUUUCAGCGUAUUACAUCCUGAUCCAGAGACCAGUACUGUAUCUCCGUGUUGUUGCCAUUGGGUACACAAUGGUUGUGAGGUGAAUGCUGAAAGGCUCUUCUUCCAUUGGAAGGAGACCCACGGGGCCGUGAAACAUUGCCACCCUGGUGUUGUGUCUGGUGGUAGCCCGGGACACGAGCAGGCUCGGGCACUGAAUAGACUGUGUUCUUCUCCCGCAGAUGCUGCCGGCGAUGGUUGUGUGUGCUCUACCCGUGUCUGCCGCAUCCUCCAGGCCGCCUCUCCCUACUUGUACCCUUUCAACAUCGAGUACAGCUUGCUGUCCUCCGCGCUCUGCUUCGUGAUGUGGAGGAACGUGGGCAGAGCGGGCGGCGGGCGGGCGGCAGCCGAGUUGAAGCCGGCCCGGGGCAGCACGGGUCCGGGCCCGGGUCUGGCGCUGGGAGCCGCCCUGCUACUGGCGGGUCUGGUGGUCUCCAUCGUGUAUCAGGUGGAAGUGAAGGAGGCGAGGACGCGGAGCCGGGCCCUGUUCACCUACUACACCUUCCACAGCGCGGCCCUCGCCCUCAUGUCCGCGGCCUGUGUGCUGGGCUCGGCUUCUCUGUUGCCGGCGGCAGGCACUGGCUCUCACGGCCGGGGCCCGGCGGGGAGUCUGGACCAGGGGCUGUUGCUGGGGGCGGCCGCGGGCCCGCUGCUCACCUGCUACUUCAGCCUGGUGGCGGUGGUGUGGAGCCGGCGGCCUGGGCCGUUACACGCACUCAGCCUGGUCUUCUCGCUGCUGAGUGUCGCCCAACACUCGCUCCAGAACCUCUUCAUCCUCGGGGCUCUGCGCUGGCCGGCGGCGCUGGAUGCUGGACCCCCUCCCCGUCCCAACUCUGCCCCCCCCCCUUCCCUAGAAGCGGCGCUGGAUGCCGGACCCCCUCCCCGUCCCGCCUCGGCCUCUCUAUCCUUCCCCCAGGCCUCGCUGAGCGACGGAUUCCCCCUCGCCUCGGCCUCUCUACCCGCCUCUACCUCCCACCCCUCCCCACAGACUGCGCCGGGACCUUCCCUCCCGAGGACUUCAGCCCCGACUCCCCGGGACCCGGCCGGCGGUGUCAGUGUCCCGGGGACCGUCGCCGCCAGCAGCCCCGAGAGCCGGCAGCGUCCACACCCACCGCUGGGCGCCCGCCGCCGGCUGCUGAGGGAGGUCUCCUCGUUUCUGCUGCUCUGCAACAUCCUUUUUUGGGCUGUGUCUGCAUUUGGUGCUCGGCCACACUUUGCCAACGACAUUGAGGAGAAGUUCUACGGCUUCCAGACGUGGGCCGCCAUCGUCAACACGGGCCUGCCCUUGGGAAUCUUUUACAGGAUGCACUCAGCUGCCAAUCUAUUGGAGAUCUACCUCACAUCCUGAAGUACAACUCAGACCCUCUCCUGAAAUGACCUUCCACCUUCAGUCAAACCUUGGGGCCAUUUGUUUGUCACCAAAUAGUAUGUGAACGGGAUCUUUCAUGUAGGUAGAACCGCCUCUGAAUUCCCACCAAACCCCCUCGCCCUAACAAGCCGUCAUCCCCUUACCCCAAUGACACCUUACCCUCUAGGUUUGCUUACUCCUACCUACCUUGCCCUUCACUCUAACAGGAACAUGCAUUCCUUGAUCUCUCACUAUCACACUUUUAAAGCCAUCUCACUUUCUGGAUGUCCACUUGCCUACAAACAACCUACUCCAAACAGCUUUAGAAAGGUCCUGCCUCAGUACCAUCAAAGUUGGCCUUGCUCCAUUUCAGAACUUUGUGGGAAGCCCUGACUUUAUCCGCUGAUGAAGCUAAUGGAACUGUGGUUGCUGCUCCUGAAAGGUUUGACCAUCAUUACUUCAGUCACUUGCCCUUCAUAUUUUUGCAAAAGUUAAUCAAUCAUUGCCCUCUCCCUUGUCCAUGAUGGUCCUUCACAUAUUGUGUGAUGAAAACUUCCAGCACACAUUUGACAAAUUCCACCCCAUCUAAGCACUUGGCAGUUUGGCAGUUCCAGUCUGUAUUAGGCAAAUUAAAAUCCACUAUGACAAUCCUAUAAGUCUUGUAGCUGUCCACAAUCUCAAAGCAUAUUUAUUCGUCUAAUUCUCAUUGAUUAUUUGGGGGACUAAAGUGCACUCCCAACAAGGCGAUCAUCCCCUUUUUAUUUUUCAGCUCCAUCCAUAUAGCCUCACUGGACAAUCUGUCAGUAACGUUAUCUCAGGCUACAGCCAUGACGUUCUUGUUAAUCAAUACAGCAAAUUCUUCCUCCUCUAUCUCACCAGUAACACCUGUAUCCCUACAUCUCUUAUACUCUUCAAGUG